UUCCGCUGUGUCCUGCAUCGGAAGUUGCAUCAGGCAGAUUAUAGACAGCCGCUCCCUGUUUCGGCAAAGAACUGCAAAUCUAAAACUCUACAAUCGGCUGUGAUAGCCGGAAUCUUUCAUCUGUUGAAGUUAUAGCAGUAAUAUCGCAUGUCCAAUAUACAGAACCUCCAAUCUUUCGAUCCCUUUGCUGAUGCAACUAAGGGUGACGACUUGCUCCCGGCUGGGACAGAGGAUAAAAUCCACAUACGGAUACAGCAGCGGAACGGUCGCAAAACACUGACCACAGUGCAAGGAAUCGCAGAUGAUUAUGAUAAAAAGAAGCUGGUGAAAGCCUUCAAAAAGAAAUUUGCCUGCAAUGGUACUGUGAUUGAGCAUCCAGAGUAUGGAGAGGUGAUUCAGUUACAGGGUGACCAGAGGAAGAACAUCUGCCAGUUUCUGUUAGAGAUCAACAUCGUAAAGGAGGAACAGUUAAAAGUUCACGGUUUUUAAAAUGAUUGCCCCUCCUGGGGCUUGUAAAGGACUGCACCAGCAUGUAGCAAUCCUAGUACAUUUAUUGCAGGGGGUUUUGUGACCAUAUGCUAUCAAUGCAGACCGCAGGAUAAAGCGGGUUUUUUUUUUUUUUUUUUUUUUUUUCUUUUGCAAUCAUUCCAAGCUCAGAAUUUUCACAAUGACCUCAAGCAGGCCACAUAUUCCAGGCUGGUCUGGUUUAGACUCUGAAUCUUUGUUGCCAAUGCUAGUUGACGUUUUACGAUAGACACAAUUGCACGAUAUCUUUUUAUCAGACAAUAAAAGUUAUGACUUUGCACAUUUGUGGAUUAUUUUUUUUUUUCUUACGGUCAUAAAAUUAGCAGUUUGAGUACGUAAAUAUAAACUUAUGUAGCAGUAUGUUCACAAAGUACUUUUAUGUUUUCUCCCUCUUACAGAAACUACUUUAAAUGGGUCUCAUUUUCUACACAGAAUUGCAAAUGAACUGUCUCAACUGAUCCUUGUGCAUGGGUCCAGCGCAGGGUCGGAAAUUAGCAAGGGCUCUUGUCAAAUAUGCCAUAGAAAUUGACAAAUUUAAAAUGCAUACCUUGCACUCCUCAUUUUAGUUUUCGCUGAAUAUUUAUUUGUUUCACCCCGUCUGUCAUGCAGAUGUUGCAGAAUCGGUAUUGGGUCCUUGCACUUUUUCCUCCUCAGUCUAAAUCUGGAGAAUUUGUCAUGUACUCCUGUGUCAUUGCAUUUAUAUUAGUUUUGUAGGCUGUGAACCUAGAAUGUGUUAGUCACAUUUUAUGUUAUGGAGUGUAGAGGACAGGCAAUUAUCGAGUUAAAACAUCUUCGUUUAACAUAAAGGGUGGAAAGGUUUGAAAAAUGAUUCCCUUUUAAAAGGAGAAAAGAAAUAAAUUCCAGGGGUCAAAUAUUGUCCCUUGAUAGAAAAGUACUUCUCUGACCAUGGUCCAACAGUGUGGUUGCAUAGCCUUUGGUUCCUGAUGCCAAAAAAAGUGAGCCCAAUUAAUUUUUUGCUCUUUUAUUAAAGGGUUAUCCAUGCAAACCCUAUCCCGAAGUUCUACUGUUAUGUUGAAUGGUUCAGUGUUGGUUGAGGCCCUGCACUUGGAGAGGAAAUUAGUCAUUCUUGUUGGAUGAGCAUCACAUGACCUGGUGUAUCACAUUCAGAAGCUUUUGUUCUGUUAGAUCAAAGCAGGUUUACAAUUAUCUUUAAUCAGCAAUGGGAUUCAAGUAUUGCAUUUGUUUAACAGAGUACACUGCAAAAUCCCUAGUGUACAUAUCCACACUAAAGGACUGUAAAACUAACACUGCAGCAAAAUUAAUUAACAGUUAAUUAAAUGAAGUAGGUACCUUUUCCAAGUGAUGACAGCCAUUAGUGAUGUUCACAAGCGGAGUAAUAAAGAGGAAGGGACUACAAGAGAACAAACCAGCAGACACCACAACGAUUGAACAGCCAAAUAUAUGUUGAAAUGGUUCUAAAACAGUUUUGCCAUGUUCUGUUAUUACCAGAUAUUUUUUUUUUAAUGUGUACGAAAGUUGUUUGUGAAUGAAUGCAGGUUUUACUCUGGUGUUGCUGAUGAUGUUUUAUAGCAACACCAUAAUGGUGGUUAGUGUGGUCUUUGGUGAGGCACUUAAACCUUGUUAAUGUGAUUUAAUUUACUCUGGGUUCAGUAAUAUUUCAAAAGAACGUAAUUGUUUGCACUGUGAUGGAAAAACAAAGGUUUUUGAUAUUUGAGAGAGAUGAAUACCUAUAAGUUCUUCCAUUCACCCACCUCAACUUAAAUGUCAAGCAGGACUCAAUCAAACAGAUGUUUCAGAUGCACCUAUUUUGUGGCAAAUAAAAUAAUUUAGUACUUCUAACCAAAUGCAGAUCAUGUGAUAGAAAGUUUACUGCCACACAUUGGUAUUGUGACAUUGUGGGCAUGUAAUGUCUCAGUGAGUUACUCAAACACGAACAUAAAUCACCACGUAUACUGUACAAAACUCAACAAUGGUGACAAACAUGUUUUUUAAUUAAAAGAUAAACUGAAAAACCAUUUGCUACAAGUGACAACAAAAAAUACAGCAGUCAACACAAACCAAGAAUAGUAAGACAAUUGCAUUAUUGAUUCAACGAAUAUCCUGGUUCAUCUUUUUAUUACAAUUACUGUUUGAUAGUGAACCAUUUUAAACCUUAAAGGACCCAAAACUAUCAAAGUAAUCCAUAAGACUCGUGCGCCAUAUUCCAAGUCAUCUGAAGACAUACACAAGUCAUUUUUCAGUGAAAAUCUUCAUAUCUACUGUGCGUUUAUGAGCGCUAUGAGAGAAGCUUGUUUGAUGGCUUGCGUGCAGGGGCGUCCCCAGGAUUUAAAAACGGGGUGAGUUGGGGUUGCAAGUGGGGUGGCAAAGCUAAUUUUUGUGGCCCCAUUGGCCAGGUCGGUAAUCCAUCCCUGCUGAAAACUACUCGAUUCACAACUCUCUUUUAGCACUCAUCUGUAGAAAAUUUAGCUCACACGUGCACGUACGCCCAAAUACAUUUACCGCUUUGACCACUGGGGACAGUGUUUUGUAUUUCGCUCAGAACAGAAUUAUUUUAGCUAAAGAAAAGACAACUUACCGAUCAAUCUGCAUGAGAAAUAAAGUCAUUUGAAUUUGGAACGAUUAAAUUAUGUAAAUUUUAAUAUUGGGGUAAUUAUUUGUCUAUUUCAACCUGAAUGUCAACCAAAUUAUCUCAUACAUAAAGUGCUUCCUUUUCAAACAGUGUUUAGACAUGUCAAGUUCUAACUCAAAAAUAAUUUUAUAUCGAUGAAGCCAUUGGCACCGUGGGUAAUGACUCGCUGAGAUGGAGGUUUGAAUUUUGCCUCUUUGUUCAUAUUUCCUGUCACUAAUCUUUCCUGUGUUAAAGGAAUAUUCCGGGUUCAAUGCAAGAUAAGCGCAAUCAACAGCUUUUAUGGCAUAAUUUUGAUUACAAAAAAAUAUAUAUAUAUUUUGACUCGUCCCUCCUAUUCUUUAAAAAAAGCAAAAAUCGAGGUUACAUUGAGGCAAUUACAAUGGUAGUGAAUGGGGCCAAUUUUUGGAGGGUUUAAAGGCAGAAAUAUGAAGCUUAUUAUUUUAUAAAAGCACUUACAUUAAAUCUUCUGUUAAAACAAAUGUAUUAUUUGAGCUGUAUAGUUGUUACAGUAUAUCAUCAUUUGUCCGGUUGUUUAAGGAUUUUAGGGUUUGUUGACAUUAGUCAUGGCAAUGAAGUUGUAGAAUUGGCUAUCUUUACACAGAAUCACACUAAAAUCACAUUAACAUGCAUAUUGUUGAUGUCUUGUGGCUAUAUUUUUGAAAUAGUGAGUAUUUUAAUCUGGAACCCAGAUUUUUGCCUUUUUUAAAGAAAAGGAGGGGCAAGUCAAAAUAAUUUUUGUGGUAAUUAAAUCAACAUUAUGCCACAAAUGCUGUCAGUUGAGCUUAAUUUGUAUUGAACCUGGAAUAUUUAUUUUAAAGGCAAAAAGCCCAUAAAAACCAUGUUAGAUAUUUAUUUAAUCUUAUUAUUUGGAAGGAUUUAUAUUCUACCAAUAUAUUAUUUGUGGUAGGUAAAGUUGUGCUGCUCUGCUCUCAUUCAUUCUUCAUGGGGUUUGGCUUGUAUUCAGGGCUGGAAAUCCUUUUAGCUGCGUUAAGUCGAUAGUGUCCUGGCUGCCCUGCUGGGCUCAAACAUGAGCGUAAUCCCCUUUAAAGGGCAUGGAAUGGAGUUUAUGGCUAAGGGACACCAAUCUUACUGCUAAGGCUGCAUGGGCAUUUUAAACACCUUUGACCUUGUCCGAAAAAUAAUAGAAAAAUUGGGCCUCUUUUUAAAAAUGUUACGGCCAUUUAAUACUUAUUUUCUGUUCAGGGUUUCAGAGACAACAUGGCCCUUUUAAAAGACUUUUCCAAAUUCUAUGAGAACUGAUUAGAAACAAGAUUUCAACUUUGUAGCAUGCUUCAAACUUACUCUAUCUUCUGGAAGAGUCUGUUAUUGUGGCUGUCCGAUUCCAGCUUGUAAUAGCCAAAAGACACAGUUUGUCCAUUAAGAGUGAGUUGGUGAUUUCUGGUCUCAGCAACUUUAGUGGCUGGUGUCUCCGAGAAAGAGAGAGAAACAGACGGAGCACGUGCGGAUGCCUGGGGCUGUCCACCGUCCUUUCCACUCCACUCCAUUACCUCCACCAGACAAACACUCAGAGUUAAUGAUGGAUGUCUCCCAUUCAUCAGCACACACUUCCUGUUCUUAAUGCUUCAUUGUUUUCUUCCUACCCCCUUACAUUUUAACAGCCAGUCCAAUCAAAUUUGAACUAUAGGAAUUAUAUCUCUUUCAUUAAAGGGAUAGUACACACUAAAAUUAAAAUUCUGUCAUCAUUUACUCACCCUCAUUUUGUUCCAAACCUGUAUGGAACACAAAAGGAGUUGUUUGGCAGAAUGUUAGCCUCAGUCACCAUUCACUUUCAUUGUACUGAAAAAAGAUGCAAUGAAAGUAAAUGGUGACUGAGGCAUUCUAAAAUAACCUCAAACAUUAAUUUAUUAUGCCUUUUUAAAGAUGCUCAAAGCAGCUCAGUGAGUGAAUGCAUUCAUUCAUAGUGUGUUUGAAUAAUGGAAAAGGCAAGGAAUGGCUUCGCAUGUAUAUGUAUUAAUUCCACAUGAGAGCUUGAUAUUGGACAGAACUGGUAGGCUAAAUGGCCGUCUGGCAGUCGGCAGAUUCCAUUAUUGUUGUUUGUGUUUAGCCAGAGGCCAGCCAGCUGUUAAUGUUUUUGUGUGCUAUUGCAUUGUGGAGCAUUCACCUCUCGUUGCUCACGUCUUUAUAACAGUGAUUCAACUUCAAAUGGUGUUAAAUCGCAGUAUAAUAUUGACUAUAAAUAAUACAAUUAACAGUGACCCUCCUUUUUGCAUUUAUUUUAAUGUAUGAGGUACUGUAUUGUCUGU